CAGCAAGGCUCCAGAUGACUUCCUGUGUGAUGUACACAAAAAAAGAGUUGGUUCAUCCACGCCUACUGUCUGACAUCUCUCUGGGAGCACAAUGAAGGAACACUGGUUUCCUCUUUCCCCUGCCUUUCAGAGACUGCUGUUCAUCCUGGUGUUGCUGUGUCUCUCCCUCUCCUGCUCUGGGAGGACCUGGGCUCAGAGGAAACUACCCUGCGAUGUCAUCUCUCUCAACCAAUCAGAGUCCUUUGACUGCUCGGACAGGAAGCUACUCCAGGUACCCCAGGAUAUCAGCCGGAAUGCCACACGGCUCGACCUUUCCUCCAACAGGAUCAAGAAACUCUACGGCACCUCGUUCAGGAACCUCCGAAACCUGACUCGACUAGACCUUAGCAAUAACUUCCACCCCCAGAAACAUCCUCUGACAAUAGAGAACCAAACAUUCUCCAUGCUGGAUCAGCUCAAGGAACUGCUCCUCGAUAGUAAUGGUCUUUCUGCCGUGCCAAGUGCCCUUCCGUCCAAGCUGCGGUUUUUGAGCCUGAAGUUCAACUGCAUCAAAACCAUCAGGCCAAACGACUUCAUGCAUGUCAGACUCUUAGAAACAAUCCACUUAAUUGGAAAUUGCGACUACGAGAGUGUCUGUAAUGGACUAGUCAUCGAAAACAGAACUUUUUCCCACCUCACCAACCUUGCUAGUUUAUCGCUGUCAAACAACAGAUUGAUAGGUGUCCCCCAGUUCCUCCCCCCAUCCCUCCAGCAGCUAAAACUCAAACAGAACACUAUCACCCACAUUCACCAGCAUGAUCUUAGUGGCCUCACUAGCCUGAGGCUUCUGGGCCUGUCAGGUAACUGCCCUGUGUGUUCUAACACCCUGUUUUUCUGCUCGCCCUGUAAUACACCCAAUGGGGCACUACAGAUACACCCAUAUGCCUUCAGGAAGCUAUCCAAGCUGCAGGAGCUGAGACUAUCCGGAAACUCUCUAGAUCACCUACAGUCCUCCUGGUUUGAGAACCUCACCAAAUUGCGCUACCUGUACCUUUCAUUCAACCGUCUAGCUGGUGAGAUAGCCAAUGGGGACUUCCUCUCUGUGUUACCCGGCGUAGAGGUGAUGGACUUGUCUUACAAUCACCCUGGACAAUCUUCAUAUUCCCACAACUUGAAGCUCUCUAGGAACUUUUCCAACCUGACAUCUCUGAAGACAUUACACCUAGAAAACUAUGUUUUUUCAACUCUUCACAAAAAUGACUUGAACCCACUUUACAAUUUAUCUCACCUGUCAGUGCUCAAUCUAGGAACUAACUUUAUCUAUCAGACAAACCUCUCAUUGUUUGGCAUGUUCCACAACUUGUCCAGUGUUGGCCUCUCUGAGAACAAAUUUGCUUUCCUGUCUAAGAAAGAAGAUGUUUUGUCAACGUGUGGGUGUAGCUUUGGCUAUGAGCUGAAAAGAGACAGGUUUGGGCCUUACGUACACAAGGAUCGACUCUAUCGUCAACAUCUGCCUAACAUUAAGCCAAAGUGUAUUGCGUACGGUCCAGUGCUUGACCUUAGCAGAAACAACAUCUUCCACAUAAACCCUGAUAUGCUGCAAGGCCUGGACAACACAGCUUGUCUCAACCUGUCAUCUAACUCCAUUGGAGACAUGUUCAACGGUAGUGAGUUUGUACAUUUCCCCAAACUUAAGUACUUGGAUCUAUCCCGGAAUAAGAUCUACCUGCACUAUGAGCAUGCAUUCAGUGAGCUAACAGAACUGGAGGUGUUGGACCUGAGUCAUAAUAAUCAUUACUUUGUGGUGGCAGGGCUAAACCACAGCUUAGCAUUCAUGGAAAACCUGAGCUCUCUGAAGGUUUUGAACCUGAGCUGGAACGAGAUCAGCACCCUCACUCAUAACAACAUCUCAAGCAGCUCCCUACAGGAGUUGGACUUUCAAGGCAACCGCCUAGACAUCAUGUGGAAAAUAUGCCAGAACUAUGAACUUUUCAGAGCGCUCCAAAACCUGACUUCCCUGGAUCUGUCAUACAACAAGCUCCACCGUGUACCGCCUGAGGUCUACAAACACUUCCCCAAGACCCUGAGACGCCUGUCUCUGAGAAAAAACCGACUGAAGGUCUUUGACUGGGAGAGGCUCACACAACUACCGCAUCUGGAGGAGCUGGACUUGAGUAAGAACAAACUGGAGCAGGUGGCCUGUGCUUUAACCAGUUCACUAAAGUUUCUGGACCUGAGCCAUAACAGGAUUUCUCAGCUAGCGCCUGGUUUCCUCAGGGGCGCCAGGAGCCUGUAUGUGCUGGACCUCAGCUUCAACCUGUUGGAGCUCAUCAACCAGACCACGUUUGAGUCUGGAGCAGAGAACUACCUCCAGCAGCUGUCCCUACAGGGCAACCCGCUCCACUGCACCUGUGAACUGUUGGACUUCCAUCUGUGGAUGAGGAUCAAUGAGGUGGAGCUCCCUCUGCUGGCCACUGAGGUGACAUGCGACAUGCCCGUGGAGAGGUGGGGCAAGUCUGUGUUGAGCUAUGACAUAGAGGAGUGUGUGAACGCUGAAAACGCAAUGACCUUCUGCAUCAUCACGUCAUUUCUCAUCAUUCUCACUCUGUUGGUAUCUCUCACAGCACACCUGUUCUACUGGGAUCUCUCCUAUAUUCUUGACUACUGUGGGGCCAAGAUGAAGCAUCACCGUCGCUUAGUGCCCACAGACUUUAUCUACGACGCCUUUGUCAUGUAUGACACCGCAGACCCGCUGGCUUCUGAUUGGGUAUUAAACCAUCUAAGGGUCGAGCUAGAGGAGCGUGGAGAGAGGGCACGAUCCCUCUGCCUGGAGGAGCGUGAUUGGACACUGGGUAUGCCUGUCAUGGACAACCUGUCCAAUAGCGUGCGGCAGAGCAGGAAGACAGUGUUUGUGCUGACGGACGGCUUCCUGUUGCGUGGUGUAGUCAAAAUGGCUGCCCUGCUGGUGCAGCAGCGGCUGGUGGAGGAGGGGGUGGACUCCAUGGUGCUGCUGCUACUGCAGCCCCAGGUCUUGCAACACUCACGCAUCCUCCACCUGCGCAGGCGGCUCUGCAGGCGCAGUGUUCUGGAGUGGCCCGCGGAUGCCAGUCCAGCUGCCCAGCGAUGGUUCUGGCACCACCUGAAGAGAACCAUUAGGAAAGAUCAGAUAGGCACUCACACAUCCCUACACAGCACAUACUUCACUGGGCGGUGAACCUACAGACAUUAGAGAAACUUAUGACUCUUACAAAGUAAAAGUUAAGGAUAUGGGUGACCUAAGACUACUGUAUAAAGUUCCUAGUGCCCUUGAGGCAUGAAAUUUGACGUUCUCAAUGUAUUUUUAUGUCUGAUUUCUUUCUAAAGUUAAUAUAAAGAGCUGAACAUGUUGAUAUGACUCUCUGUAGGCCUAUUGCAUGUUUUAUGGUUUUUCCUUUUCAGAGACGUUGUCCUAAUCUGGUCGCCGGUCUGAUGGCUGGUUGUUCCCAUAAUAUUGCAAGGUGAUUUGGUUAGAAGAGAGUUGCGAUGUUUUCCUUCUUUUGUUUCGGUCAUCAGAGUGAUGCUAAUUAAAUGUUGAGGAUAUUGUCAUUUGAGUUUCGUCCGGGAUGGUUUAAAGGAGAAUGUUUUGCCAUGUUCAAAUGUAAUUAUUGUAUUUUCCAAGCUCCUAGCUAUACCUGCGUAUGGCUAUUCAUGCAGUAUUGUUGUUAUCUUAGACUUUUUGACCUUUUACCUAGAUGACUUAUACGGUUUCUUCUUUUAGAUAAUUGCAUCUUAUUGGAUUUAUUGUAAUACAUGUUGAUUCAUUUUAAAUUGA